GUGGUGGUCCCUCCUCCCCACGACGCAUCACCAGCCUCUUCCUCCUCCUCCUCUGGGAGCCAAAUGUAAAAGCGCGAUGGGGCGGGGAGGAGGGAGGAUGCCGUCGGAGAGCCGUCGGAGCGAGGCCAAGAGCUGAUGUCCAGCCUCUUCCCAGUUUGCAUCGGUGACCCAGGCAACGAGAUCGAGCCGAGGAGGCUGCUUUGCGCGCGGCUGCGGCUGGACAAAAAAGGCUCGGGAGAGGACAGAGAGGGAGAGAGAAAAUGCCACCGCGCUGCGCCGGCUGCUGGCCUCGACGGCCGUUUCCUCCUCCCGGGUACCGAAAGUAGCCACGAGGGGUGUUUACCGGACAAGCAGUGCUUGCUUUUUAUCCCCUGCAUUUUUUUUUAUUUUUGGGAAGAAAAAGCUUUUCGUCUUCUUUAAGGAGCAAAGCACUCGACGGCGAUGGCGGUGCAAGCGGCGGCGGUUCACCCGCACCACCAUUUCAUCCCGUUUUGCUUCCCCGGCGCCGCGGGGCUGGGGGAUUUCGUCGACCUGGAAAAGAGCUACGAGGACGGGGGGACCCUCCUGCUAGGAGGCGGAGGAGCCGGAGGAGCAGGAGGGGGCGACCCCGGGGAUUUCAAAGAAGCCACCCGGGACCUCCUGAGCUUCAUCGACUCGGCUUGCAGCAACAUCAAACUAGCCUUGGACAAGCCGGUGAAAUCCAAGCGCAAAGUCAACCACCGGAAAUAUUUGCAGAAGCAGAUCAAGCGCUGCACCGGCAUGAUCGGGGGAGCCCAGACGGCUGCUGCAACGCCCGGGAGCCAGGAGGCGUCUAAUAAUAAUAAUAACAACAACAGUAAUAAUAUGAGCUCCCAGCAGCAGCCACAUCCUGCUAACAAGAGGACUCCGGCUGGGACGGCGCAUGGCGCGUCGUCUGCGUCCGCCUCGCCCCCCGGCGGCGUCGCGGCGCACUGCAAAGCGCCCCAGAAGCGCGAAGCCAGCGCGCUGCAGAGCAAAAGCCUGGCGGCGCUCUUCGGCUCCGUGCGCCCGUCGGGCUUCGAUCGCGCCGUCGGGGCCGCUGCGGGCGGCGGCGGCGUCGGGCCGUCGGGAGAGAAAGAAGGCGGCCCGGGUCCCUCUGCCUCCACCGGCGGGAAGAAAGUGCCUCUCCGGAACCGCAACCUGCCCCUUUCCUUCUUCACCGAGCCGGCCGCGGCGAGCUCCGUCCCGAAAGACGCCGCGGGCCCCGUCCCGUCGGAGGAGCUCUUCGACCUGCUGGCUGUCCCCGACUACAGCGCCCUGCUCCCUCCCGCCGAGCCGGAGCAGCCGGUCUUCCCCAGCAGCCGCCUGCAGCCGCCGGAUCUGGGCUUGGAGGCGCCUCUCUACGAGCCCCUGCACCCGCUGCCCCACUUGCUCUUCUCCGACGCCCCCCUGCGGCCCCUCGCCGCCCUCUACGCCGCCCCUUCGGACCCGGCAGCGGCGCCCGAGAGCAGCAGCGGCGCCGCGGCGGGGGCGCACGUCCCGGCCGCGGCCUUUGCUCCCUUCUUCCCCGAGUGCGCGCUCCCGCCUGCGCCGCCGGCCAUGCCCUACGAUUACGCCCCGGGGUAUAGUAGGGGGGUUCCUGCUUAUUCCACCCUUUAGACGAGGGAGGUUGAGCUCUGAAAGAGAAGGGGGUUGGAAGGUUGCGGGGAUUGGCAGAUCCCCCAAAUUUCAGAGGCACUUUUUUAUUUUGGAGUUUAAUGGAUCCCAUAGAAAAUGUCUCCAAUAACAGGCGUCUGUUAAGGGCAGAAAUGGCUCUGGAGAACUUCCAGUUCCUGCUAUUAAGCAGAGCAGAUCUACACCUUAGCAGUAAAGGACACCAGGAGAGCUCUGUAGCAGGAUCAGGCCAGGGGGACCCCAUCCAGUCCAACAUUUUGUGGAUGCCACCCAGAUACCAGGGCAAAACUCAGUGCAGUGAUCCCCACCCAGCAGCUGGCAUUUGGGAGGCAUGCUGCCAACCCUGUGCAUGCCUACUUGGAAGUAAGCCCAGGGUUCAGUGAGGCUUACUCCCAGGUAAGUGGUGCAUAGGAUUGUAGUCUUUGAUCGUUAUCCCCUCUUCCCUUGGGCAUAUGGAGGACUUACAGUUCAACCCUAGCUGUGUCUACUCAGAAGUAAGCGCUGUUGAAUUCAGUGGGUCUACUCAGAUUGUGAUGUUCAUUAGAAAGCAGCUCAGGGGGACCACAGAACGCCAGAUAUCUUUAACCCUUCCUUUCCCUCCCACAAUUCUGAUGAAAACCAUCCCUGCCAGGGAUUCUUUCACUGUGAUUCCUGUAUUGCAUAGGGUUGGACUAGAUGCCCCUUGGGGGUCCCUUCCAACGCUACCAUGAUAUGAUACUAUGCUAUGAGACUUGGAAUGAGGGAGGAAAAAUCCCCCCUAAGGCUAAUUGGGGUGGGCGGGAUUUUUUUAUCAGAAUAACAGCCAGGGUGGGAAGGGUUAAACUCCCCCCACUGCCGCCUAUGGACCUCCCCCCCCCAAUGCCCCUAUGAUUAAAUAAAACAAAUCCCUGACAUGCCUUUUAGCCAUGUUAAGUUUGGCUCUCCUUAAAUGGGCAUAGCAACCGAUGUCUUUGUCCAAGGAGCCCCUGUGAGCGCGGAAGUCUGGCGAGGGAGCCUAGCAAGGAUUUGAAACUACAUUUCCCAGGAUCCUUUGGGUGGGAUGCUAUUAGGGUUGCCAUAUGUCUGGAACUCCCCAGACAUAGUCGGAAUAUGGCAGUCAGUAACGGUGUCUGGGCAGAAAAGUUCAAGAACUUUGCC